UUGUGGUAGCGUCACCUCCACCACCAAUGUCUACGACACAUGCCAAUGCAGCACCAGCACCCUUCCCUUCUUCCUUCCCAUAGCCUCACAGGAUGCUCUCACUCAUGUAACCAUCCCACCUCCAACAAUCACUACCGUACCCAUAACUCCCAAUUCAGCCUCGAACUCCCGUUGCACUCAAAGCAGUAUUAAGCAUUUCUUUUAAAUUGAAUUCCGCGACUGUCCUCCAGCAACAAUCAUUUGCGCACACUCGCGGCACGUCAUACCUAGUUCCUAGCCGCCCAGCUCGAACCUGGAGCACCGCGUCUGCGGAGGGUUGCUGCAAUGGCUAGGAUCGAGCAGGACGACUUCUCUAAUGUCUCCUGGCACAGCGAGCGCCCCUCUGAAGGCUCUUCCGCCAUCUCCGAACCAUCUCAUGCCCAUUCCGACGUUGAUGCAUCGGAUAGCAAUGGUCACUCAGGUCCCGAUCCCUCUGGCCUAGGCCCUUCGGCCGGCUUAGGCGGGGAGGUGCUUGAAUGCACCGUCUCUAGCCCGCUGAAGGAGAACGAAGGCUCCAAGGACGUUUUUGUGUCUUAUCUAAUUACCACCUAUACAACCUUCCCAGAUUUCCAGAAACCCACGAGCACGGUACGCAGGAGGUUCACCGACUUUGUUUUCUUGUAUAAGGCGCUGUACAGAGACUUCCCAACUGCGGCUGUUCCUCCCUUGCCCGAUAAGCAACGCAUGGAGUAUGUCCGUGGAGAUCGAUUCGGCCCCGAUUUCACCCACAGACGAGCCCACUCUCUACAACGCUUUCUCACUCGCCUGUCGCUACACCCAGUGCUUCGUCGGGCUGAUAUUCUCCACAUCUUUCUCGAGAGUCCAGAUUGGAACGCAACUAUGCGCACCCGAAGCGUACGAUUGUCCCAGAGUAGUGAUUCGGGAGGAGUGCUCGACAACCUUACCGAGUCCUUCAUGACCGCCUUCUCCAAGGUUCACAAGCCGGAUAGGCGGUUCAUCGAGGUGCGCGAACGAAGCGACAAGUUGGAUGACGGCUUGGCCUCGACCGAGAAGGUGGUCGCCCGGGUUGCGCGUAGGGAGCACGACAUCGUGACAGACCAGAAGGACCUCGCGGAGCAGUUCCAGAAGCUCAUUGUUCUAGAGCCCGGGGUCGAAACCGCGGUUCACCACUUUGCAGCCUCCAUGGAGGAUUCGGCCCAAGCCUUGCAGCAACUCCGGGAAAUCACGGAGCAGGACUACCUCGGCAGCCUCAGGGAUAUGCAAGCCUACAGCCAGGCGUUGAAGAGUCUUCUCAAGGCGCGGGAGCAGAAGCAAGUGGAUUACGAGCAGCUUAUCGAAUACCUCAACAAGGCUACUGCGGAGAGAGAUAGCGCACAAUCCGGAUACGGACAGUCCGGCUUAUCUGGGGCUAGCGGAUUCCUUACACGCAAACUCGAAGAUGUUCGAGGCGUUGACCACGAGCAGGCGCGUCGUGAGCGGCGGGUCAAGCUCGAGCGGAGAAUCGACGAACUGACGACGGCCAUCGAACAGGCCAAGCGGGCCAGCGAGGGCUUUGAUAACGAGGUUGUCAAGGAGGUGAAUGACUUUGAGCGCAUCAAGCGCGCCGAGUUCAGGACCCAGCUUGGCGGCCUAGCGGACGCGCACCUGGACUACUACAACAAGGUCAUCGACGUUUGGGAGGGCUAUGUGCGGGAAAUGGAAAAGGAAGGGACGUCGGUGCCGACGGAUCUCCCUGAACCGCCGGGCCGGCAGCUGGUGUAAGAAUUACCUAUUCAUCCUGGGAUAUGAAUACAAGGAAGCGGUGUGGCAGCGGCGGCGUUGUAGUAAUUAUCUUUCUCGGCGUAAUGGAAGUGAACGGUGGUCGGUAUCGAACUUAGUGAGGCGGCUCGUUUCCCGUUGUUGAAAAGCAUAAGGUACUAUUGGUUUCGGUUGUGACUUGAACCGCUACGACCAUGCAGUAUUGUCCAAGGGUACAUGGUCAUCUUCUAGCCACCUAGGGUGUCGCAUUCCAUUCUCAGUU